GAGGCGGCCGAGGGAGGGAGGAUCGCCGGCGGGGAGCAGCCCGGCGAGGAGCGCGAUGGAGGCGGCGCCCGGGGAAAGGCAGCGGCGAUGGCGAGAUCCUCCGAGCGCGGCUUAGCUUGCCCGGGAAGCGGAGAGCAGCGGCGGCGGCGGUUUCCCCCCUCCGGCCCCGGCUGGCCGCGCUCGGAUGCGGCUCCGUCCGGCCGUCCCCGGAGCCUCCCGCCCCUCCGGCCGCCUCCAGCAUGAGCAGCGCCGGCGGCGGCCCCGGCAGCGGCGGCUCCGGCGAAGUGGUUUGCUCCGGCUGGCUCCGCAAAUCGCCCCCCGAGAAGAAGUUACGGAGAUACGCCUGGAAAAAACGAUGGUUUAUCCUUCGCAGUGGCCGGAUGAGCGGUGACCCCGAUGUCUUGGAGUACUACAAAAACAACCACUCCAAGAAGCCGCUGCGGGUGAUCAACCUCAACUUUUGCGAGCAGGUGGACGCCGGGCUGACCUUCAACAAGAAGGAGCUGCAGGACAGUUUCGUCUUCGACAUCAAAACCAGCGAGAGGACCUUCUACUUGGUGGCGGAAACGGAAGAAGAAAUGAACAAAUGGGUGCGGAACAUCUGUCAGAUCUGCGGCUUCAACCAGUCGGAAGAUCAUCCGGACAAACUCCGGACAGUGUCGGCUGGUGGUCACGCUCCUCGCUCAUCCCCAGCCGAGUUCAGCGGCUCCAACCACCGGUUGUUGCGGGAACGGAAAACCUCGGCUCCUUCGCACUCUAGCCAGCCCCUCUUCACGUUCGAGUCGCCUUCCAAUCACAUCCGGAGCACCCUCUCCACCAGUGCCCCCCAAGACUAUCUCUUUCUACACCAGUGCAUAGCCAGAAAUCGGAAAAUACAAGGUAACCCUUGGAGCGCCAGCUUCUCGCAAGCCACCCGCUUCUUCAUGCGAAGCGACCCGUCGGUUCAGAAAUUGUCUCAGGAGAAUGGGCAUUGCAUCAACGGGCUAGGCGGGCAGCUCCACGGUUUCUACAGCUUGCCCAAACCCAACCGGCACAACUCGGAGCUCCGGGACAGCGCUUACGACUUGCCCAGGAGCUUCGGCUGCUACGCCCACACCAAAGCCAGCCUCACCGGCUCGGAGACAUCGGAUAGCGAGGAGGUCUACACCUUCAAGACCCCCAACAGCACGCUUUGCAAAGACUUCGGGGAGCUUUCCACAGAUUCCUACGACGUGCCGGGCACCCCUCUGUCCAUUUACCAUCCGAGGACCUUCAAGCUGGACAAAAACCAUAAUGCCUUGGCGGUGGCUUCGAGCGACGCAGUGGCGACGCCUCCCCCCAGACCUCCCAAGCCGGGCCAGGCGGAAUCCCGCUGGGGCAGCCCCCCAACAACUCCGACUGUCACCACCAUUCCCCGAAGGAACACCCUGCCGGCGGUGGAGAACUGCAGGUUACACCGAGCGUCUUCCUGUGAAACCUAUGAAUAUCCUCAGCCCAGCGUCAGCGGCCCGGGGCCAUCGGCCGAGUCUACGAAUCUCAUGGGAGCCAGUUCGUAUCUGCAGAACAAAACGGUUGUGGCUCGUUCCCAUAGCGCAGACUCCGAAGACAACUAUGUCCCCAUGAACCCAGGUUCUUCCCUCCUGCAGAACAUGGAGCGCUCCAACGGCAGCUCCCAGCACCUCUACAUCCCCAUGAGUCCUGGGCCUCACCACCUGGACAUGAUGGCCCACGCCUCCUCCACCUUCCCAGCUCAGAAAGGGAGCAGCACUCAGCCCUUGAGGCGGAUGAGUGAAAUCCAGCCCCCACCCAUUAACCGCAACCUUAAGCCUGAUCGGAAAGCAAAACCAACCCCGCUUGACCUCCGGGGCAAUUCGGUCAUCGAUGAACUGCCCUUUAAAUCGCCAGUCACAAAAUCGUGGUCCAGACCUGGCCAGGCCUUCAACUCCAACCUUUCUCAAUACUGUCGUCCCACCUCAACCCAGAGCAUCACCAGCACCGACUCAGGAGAUAGUGAAGAAAAUUAUGUGGCCAUGCAAAACCCGGUUUCUGCCUCCCCUAUUCCAAGUGGGAAAAGUAGCCCGGCCCAAAAGAAGAGCAGCAUGAGUGUUGAUUACCUGGCUUUGGACUUUCAGCCCAGCUCACCUGGGCCCCACCGAAAGCCCUCGACAUCGUCCGUCGCUUCCGACGAGAAGGUCGACUACGUGCAGGUGGACAAAGAGAAGACGCAAGCUUUGCAGAGCACGAUGCAGGAAUGGACCGACGUCCGGCAGUCGUCUGAGCCCAGCAAGACCGUGAAGCAGUAGCCAAGCAAGGGCGUGGUGGAGAAACCAUGGAGGCUUCCAGUAAUCGAGGAGACCAUCGAUUUGUCUCCCUUGCGGUGUGGACCUUCUCUUGGUCCUUCUGCGGGAGGCCGUUCCGGAUAAGCAGAGCGGUUCUGCUUUUGAAAACAAGCUUCUUCAAGAGAAAUAUUUGGCUGAAAACCUGCAUCAAGGCAUUUUUUUUUUCAGUUACGGGUUAGCAGCUGGCUCUAUUCGGAGGAAUUCAGUGAACCAACAAUGGCUUCUCAUCCACCUGCCCGUAUCCAAACUUUCUUUGAUCCACUUUCAACCUGCGGAUCUCUUUAUUUUUUGCAUCAAGCAACUACUCUUUGCCGACUUCCUCCUGUCGGUUGGAACUCUUAAGCCUGAUUUCGGCCUCCUAGUUCUGCCUUUUUAGAGACGAUAGAGAUAACAAUAAUAAUGAUGAUGAUGAUGAUGAUGGCCAGCUACUCAUCCUAAGUGGAUUUGAAGCUGUCUCCGCUGUAUCGCUUCACAAAAGGGUGAAGAAAUCUCCAAGCAAUGCCUUUCUCUCCCUCACCCGCCGCUCUUUAUGUAAAUGGCCAUCAUGCGAAUUCCUUAAAGUACACAAUUGUCCUUCCCAGGACGACAAGCAUGUCGAGAAACGAUUGCUGCUCGCCGGUAUAAAUCAGCUUUUUGAAAUGCAUUACCGUGGAACUGAAAAUGAUUCCUCGUUCGCCAUCCUUCCCCACCCCACCCCUCAACAAGGG